UCUCUCUCUCUCUCUUUCUCUUCCCCACUUUGAUCGCCGACGAAUUCAGCGGCGAAGCCCCUCUGAAUUGCAUCUGGAAUCGGGUGGAUCUUAGCCUGGAGAGGAGAUGAGGAGGGGGAGAGAUUCCACCACGGGACGUGUUAUCUGCUGGAUCCGCAGCUGGAAGGAAUGAUUGUUGCGGUUUCUGGUGGUAUGUCCUUUUUGCGGAUGAUUGGAGUAAUGGGUGAAGAAAUGAUGGUGGUAUUUUGCUGGGAAGCCUGAGAUAUUUCGAUUUAGAAAAAGGAUUUUGGAAGUCAUUAACUGGAUUUUGUAGGGUUUGGGAGUGGUGUCGGGGAAUUUAACUGAGCUCCCGGGGGAUCUUCGUUUCCUUAGGGUUAGUGGAGUUGAGCCGGAGUUUGGGGUUUCCACGAUCUUGUGAGGGGUCUUCAGAUGGAAGUUUGGAAUGAAAUGGAGUCGGCGUAUUUCUACUUUGUUUUGAUGUUUCUGUUCUUCCUUCCCUGAUUGACGCAGUUCUUCACGGGAAAGGUUAUUCUUCUAGUUCAUCGAUUCUAAGACGACGUUCGUCAGGAGCCCUUGAAGGAAGUAAUUGGUUUGGAUACUUGCACUGGUUCGCUAAAAGCAAUUUCUUCUUACAACACCAGUAUUCUUCAAAACCCAGUUGGAACUGCUCCUUCCGAUUCUCAUAUUUGACAAAUAAACCAAAGAAUCAAUCGAUGAAGCAAAUCAACAAGUGCCUCGACUCCCAGUUAUGGCAUGCCUGUGCCGGUGGAAUGGUUCAGAUGCCGGCAGUGAACUCCAAGGUCUACUACUUCCCCCAGGGUCACGCAGAGCAUGCACAAGGCAGCGUGGACUUUGGAACCUCCCAGCGCAUCCCACCUCUCAUCCUUGCCACUGUGACUGCCGUGAAAUUUUUGGCUGAACCAGAGACUGAUGAAGUCUUCGCUAAGAUCCGCAUGGUUCCACUAACGGUCGAUGAGCUGGAGUGUGGCCAAGAUGACGCACUGGGACUUGUUAUAGAUGGAAGCAACACACAAGAAAAGCUGGCAUCUUUUGCAAAGACACUGACUCAAUCGGAUGCAAACAAUGGUGGGGGCUUCUCUGUCCCACGAUACUGCGCUGAGACCAUCUUCCCAAGGUUGGACUACACUGUGGAUCCACCGGUGCAGACUGUGCUUGUGAAGGAUGUGCAUGGUGAGAUUUGGAAGUUUAGGCACAUCUAUAGGGGAACCCCUCGCCGACAUCUGCUCACAACUGGGUGGAGCACUUUUGUUAACCAGAAGAAGCUUGUGGCAGGGGAUUCGAUUGUGUUCUUGAGAACCGAGAAUGGGGAUCUUUGCAUGGGGAUCCGACGGGCUAAAAGAGGUGGGAUUGGUGGCGGGCCAGAGGUUCCUUCAGGAUGGAUCCUUCCCAAUGGGAAUUGUAUGACGAGCUAUGGGAACUUCUCUGUCUUCUCAAGGGGGGAAGAGUGUAGGUUAAUGAGGGAAAACGGAAAUGGUGGUAGUUUAAGAACUAGUCGGGGCAUGAGGAUAAGAGGUAGGGUGAAGGCAGACUCUGUCAUUGAGGCAGCAACACUUGCAGCUAGAGGACAACCUUUUGAGGUGGUGUACUACCCUAGGGUGACUACGCCGGAGUUCUGUGUGAAGGCUGCAUCAGUAAAAGCUGCAAUGAGGAUCCAAUGGUGUUCCGGAAUGAGGUUUAAGAUGGCUUUCGAAACUGAGGAUUCCUCAAGGAUUAGUUGGUUUAUGGGAACUACAUCUUCUGUUCAGAUUGCAGAUCCCGUGCAGUGGCCUAAUUCGCCUUGGAGACUUCUUCAGGUUACAUGGGAUGAACCAGAUUUUUUACAAAAUGUGAAGUGUGUGAACCCAUGGUUGGUUGAACUGGUCUCAAACAUGCCAACUAUCCAUUUAGCACCCUUCUCUCCACCGAAGAAGAAGAUUUGUAUUUCCCAAUACCCUGAUUUUUGCCUCGAAGGUCAACCUCCAUUGCCUAUGUUCCUCAGGGACCCCCUUGGUUAUGGCACUAGUCCUUUGUGCUGUUUCCCAGACAGUGCUCCUGCAGGCAUACAGGGAGCCAGGCAUGCUCAUUUUGGUGUAUCUUUAUCAGAUAUCCACCUUAACAAACUGCAAUUAGGUCUGUUCCAUGCUGGCGUUCACCGCCUUGAUCAGACCACUCCACCUUCAAGAAUAACGACUGGCCUCCUCAUUGAUAACCCUGCCAUUCGUAAUAACAUCUCUUGUUUGUUAACAAUUGGCAAUGCUUCUCAUAGCACAGAAAAGCUCUGCAAUGAUAAACCGCCACAAUUAGUGCUCUUUGGGAAAACAAUACUGACUGAGGAUCAGAUAUCUCUGAGCAACUCUGGGGAUAUGGUUUUCCCUGGUGCUACUGGAAACAGUUCUGCUGAUGGGAAUCUUGAGAAGACAACAAAUAUGUCAGAUGUUUCUGGCUCUGCAAUGAAUCAGAAUAUAGUUGUGGACAGUUCAUCUUGUGAAUUAUUCAAAUGGGACAGGCACAGGUACCGCAAUAUAUCAGAGCUUGGACUGGAGACUGGCCAUUGCAAGAUUUUUAUGGAAUCAGUUGAUAUUGGUCGCACCCUUGAUCUCUCCAUGUUUGAAUCUUAUGAAGAACUAUACACAAAGCUAGCUGACAUGUUUGGGAUUGGAAAAUCAGAGAUUAGAAGCCACAUGAUUUACAAUGAUGCAGCAGGUGCAGUUAAACACACUGGAGAUGAACCUUACAGUGAGUUCAUGAAAACGGCACGGAGGCUGACAAUAUCAACUGAUUCAGGGAGUGACGACAUAGGAAGUUCUGUACUACCUGGAUCACUCAGUGCAAACUUAGAGUGCUGCAGCUGAUUGAUAAACCCCAUGGGGACUGGAUAAAUCAGGUUCUGUCGUAGUUUGAGCUUUCAUUUUCUCAAGUUGUCUUGUGUAAUCAAACUGACUGGAUUUGACUUGGGACCCAAAAUGUCAAUCUGUUUGCACUCCUUUCUUUUCAGUUGGUAGCAUAACUUGUCCUUGAUGUAUUUGCUUAGGAUGGCUGUUUCCUGGUUUCUGCUUGCCUCGUGAAACUGUAAUGGCUACGUAACGUACUAUCAAUUGUGGUUUAUCAGAAUAGAUCAGCCUACUGUGAAUUGCUA